UGUAUAUCUCUUUACCGACGGCGGAACUCGAUUAAACAGCUUUCCUCUUAUCUCGUGGUCUGUGAGACUCACGGAGCUUCGCCGGAAAAGCUUGAAUUUGGUUGCUAGCGGAAGUAAGGAUUGCUUGUGAGCUAUGACGUUUCUCAUUCGAUCCAUUUCUGGGAGGAAUCGAUCUUUGGUUCGAGCUCUGGUUAGUCGGCGUUACUUCGCUUCAUCGCCGGAGGAACUCGCAAAGAGAAAUUACGCCAACGACCUGUCGGAAUACAACACAGCUGUCAACUCCGUCACAGCUCAGCGCAGGCACUAUCUGUUGAGGGAUGUUUAUGACGAUAUGAAGCUAGAUGGUGUGCAACCUACAGCUGAUAUUUUCCAUUCAUUUGUUGUGGGAGUGAUGAAGGGUGCUCGGUUAAAUGAUGCUUUCUUUUUCCGUGAAGAGAUGAAGGCCAUGGGAAUUGCUCCAGAUGUGAACUUGUACAACUUUUUAAUUUCCACCUGUGGUAAAUGCAAGAAUGGAAAGGAGGCGAUACGAGUGUACGACGAGAUGAAGAGAUAUGAAGUAAAACCAAAUGGACAGACCUUUGUUUGCCUGCUCAAUGCCUGCGCUGUUUCUGGCCAAUUAGAUCUUGUGUAUGCGAUAGUUAGAGAUAUGACUGCUGCUGGUGUUGGUUUGAACCAGUUCUGCUAUGCAGGACUCAUAACUGCUCACUUAAAUAAGCAACCUAGACCAGAUAAUCUUUCUACCAAGAUUCUCGAGUUCGUGGAGCAGUCAAAAGGCUGGUCAUCAAUUGAUUCAUCAAGGAAGAGUGCAGAAGAUAUGAUGUUUAGCAUCAGUGAAGAAGAGCUGUACAAUAUUCCAACCGCUGAAUAUGCCCACAGGGGCAGGUUUCUGCAGAGGAAUUUGACCGUGCACCACGUAGCAUUCAGUGCUCUCGCUGAUCUAAAGGAUGUAAAAGCAACGGAAGCUCUUCUUGAGAUGCUUAAGAAAGACGGAAAAGACACUGACACUUACUGCGUGCUACAAAUUAUGAGGUGCUAUCUACACUCGAAAGACUUCAAAAGUGGUCUCAAAUGGUUUGAGGAAUACAUGAACUCAGGCAAAAUCCCUGCCAUGGAACUCUACGCGACGCUUAUAGAGGGAGCCAUGACAGAAUACACCAGUGAAGGAAUGCAGAUUGCUCAAGACACUCUGGUCAAGAUGAACGAUCGUAAUUUCUUCUUAGAUCCAAGAACUGGAAGCAAUCUGCUACUCAAAGCCGCUGGGGAAGAGACUGGCGGGUACACGGUUGCCAAUAUGAUAUGGGAUCUGAUGCAAGCUCGGAAUAUUACACCCACUAUAGAUGCUGUUGACGCUUACUACAAAGGAUUGAAAAAUUGUGAAAUACCAGAGGAUGAUCCGAGACUGAUGUUUGUGAUGCGUACAUACAAUACCCUGCGGCUUCAGCGAGGGCCUCAGCGAGGGACACUGCCUAAUAGGCGGUAAAAGCAGAGAGACUAAUUAUGGCUUCUUAGUUUUCUGCUUCUAUUUGCUUAUUAGGAUCUCUGUAAACCAUCCGGGUAUGCUAUUUUAAUCACUCGUUUAGAUGAAUAAGGAGAAAGUUCGACUAUAGGAUUGGACAUUACUCUGUUUUCAAAUUGCUUUAGAGCCUGAAGAGCUUUGACUUUACGUGCAAAGCAACAAAUUGAUUUAAA